UAAGGCGGUAAAAGAAAACAAAAAGUGUCAUGUUUUUGUAUCCUUGUAUUCAUGACUUGACUUCAUGACUGAGUUGGUCUUGCAUGCAAGGAAUAUGGCUGUUGUCACGGCUGCUUUGAACAUCUUGAGCUCAGAGAGCAUGUCAUGUGUCUCUGGUCUAUUUGUGAGCUGGACACCUGAAUGGUUUGUACACUAAGAGGCGUUUGCGUCACAUGUCCAGCAGCACUUGUAAACGUCUCUCUCAGCGCUGCUCAUCUGAAGCUGACUGGAAAUUAGUCGACAGCUACGCUCUGGAGAAAGCAGUUGAGAAGAUUUAUAAACGGGGAAAAAAGAGUAACACUGUAUGUCAGUGAAGAACGAAGAUCCUGUUUUUGUAUUGUGUUGUCAAAGUAAAAUACCUCCUGUAGAGCUUUUGGUGCUGACUGCCAGCCAGGAUGAUUCUGGCAACAUUAAAGGGCAUUGGGAAGCAGCUGCUGCGCGUGAAGGUUGUUGACUGUAACUCGGAGGAGUCCCACUUCUCUCGAUGCCUCAACACGUUUGACCUGGUGGCCCUGGGCGUGGGCAGUACUCUGGGCGCUGGAGUGUACGUGCUGGCUGGCGCUGUAGCCCGAGAGAGCUCUGGACCAGCCAUCGUCCUGUCCUUCUUCAUCGCUGCUCUCGCCUCUGUCCUGGCUGGUUUGUGUUAUGCUGAAUUCGGAGCCCGUGUUCCCAGAACGGGCUCCGCUUACCUCUAUAGCUACGUGACUGUGGGAGAACUGUGGGCCUUCAUCACAGGCUGGAACCUCAUCCUCUCUUACGUCAUUGGAACUUCAAGUGUGGCCAGAGCAUGGAGCGCAACCUUCGAUGAGCUGAUCGGAGGGCACAUUCAGGACUUCUGCAGACGAUACAUGACAAUGAGAGUCCCGGGUGUCCUGGCAGAGUAUCCAGACAUAUUUGCUGUCUUCAUUAUAAUCACUCUGACAGGACUGCUUGCAUUUGGAGUGAAGGAGUCAGCCUUGGUAAAUAAAGUAUUCACCUGCAUCAACAUACUGGUGCUGCUGUUUGUGGUCAUCUCUGGCUUCGUCAAAGGAAACACCAAAAACUGGAACCUGAACCCUGACGAAAUCUUCAAUGCCACCAGCAACUCCAGCUUAAAUACGUCUGAUUUCUUCCCAUCAGAGGAAAGUCUCGGCGUCGGCGGCUUCAUGCCUUUUGGCUGGUCUGGAGUCUUGUCUGGCGCCGCCACGUGUUUUUAUGCCUUCAUAGGGUUCGACUGCAUCGCCACGACAGGAGAAGAAGUGAAGAAUCCUCAGAGGGCCAUCCCUGUUGGAAUUGUGGCCUCACUCCUCAUCUGUUUUGUGGCGUACUUCGGUGUGUCCGCCGCCCUCACUGUCAUGAUGCCUUACUACAUGCUGGACAAGAACAGCCCGCUGCCAGUGGCCUUUAAAUAUGUGGGCUGGGAGGGAGCCACUUAUGCAGUGGCCAUUGGCUCAUUAUGUGCCUUGUCAACCAGUUUACUAGGCUCCAUGUUCCCAAUGCCCAGAGUGAUCUGGGCCAUGGCAGAGGAUGGCCUGCUCUUCAAAUGUUUGGCUAAAAUCAGCCCACGAAACAAAACCCCUGUAACAGCUACAGUAACAUCAGGUCUGGUGGCAGCUGUGAUGGCUUUCUUGUUUGACCUGAAAGACCUGGUUGACCUCAUGUCCAUUGGCACCUUGCUGGCCUAUUCACUGGUGGCUGCCUGUGUGCUGGUCCUCAGGUACCAGCCUGAGCAGCCCGUCGUGGCCUAUGAGAUGGCCAACACUCAGGACGAGUCUGAAAUGGCCGAGUCUUAUAAAGUUGACAUGUUGCCACAACCAGAGGAUCGCUUCACCAUCAGGACUCUUCUUUACCCUUCAAACUUGGAGCCGUCCUCUCGAUCCGGGUCUGCUGUCAAUAUGUGCACUUGUGUACUUGGUGUUUUGGUGUUUGUCUUCAGUGUUGUAGCUGUUCAAGGAGGGCUGGCAACCUGGUCUGUGUGUGUCCUUGUUAUUAUCUUGGUGGUUUGUCUCAUUCUCACCAUCAUUGUGUGGAGACAGCCGCAGAGCAAGGCCAAGCUUGCCUUCAAGGUUCCCCUGCUGCCUUUUCUCCCAGUUGCCAGUUUGUUCAUCAACAUCUACCUGAUGAUGCAGCUCGGCAGAGGAACUUGGAUGCGCUUUGCCAUCUGGAUGUUCUUAGGUUUCUUGAUCUACUUCACCUACGGUAUUCGUAACAGUGCAGAGGCAGCGUUGACCAGGUCUGACCCUUACCCAUUGGCCUGUACGAUAAAGGGAGAGCCCAUGGCCACGGAGAAGGAAGCUUUUCUCCACAACACACAAAACACAGCUGGAGACGACGAUGAAGAUUGCUGAGGUUCACUAAUCUCAAACAAUCAAACACUGAUGUGUGGUUUGUACUUUGAAAUGCAAAUGUCAAAAUCCAGAAGAUGUCAAGACUUUUACGUGUCUUGCAACCAGACUGUUGAGUUGUUUCCUAAUUCUGUCUGAAAUUGUUUUUUGAUUUUGCGAGAAAGAGCCUAAUUAGAUCUAAAUUUGAAGUAAAAAUGUUUUUAAAAGACGAGAUAAAUCCUCUUUGCCUUGCAUUUUCAUACAAUGAGUUCCGCUAAAGAAGACUAAGUCUGUGGACGGAAACUAAAAGCAAAGCUCAAGCUGUGUUAACAAACUUUUAUCAAGGCAUGAAGCCAUUUUUAAAUUUUAUUUCAAUUCUUUAAUCAAAAGUUUUCAUCUCGAGGACUGACAAAUUUGAGACCACUGACCUCCAUUUCAUAAGAUUUUACCCUGGGUUCCCCAUCUGAUAAGAGCUUUGCUUUUUAGAUGUUUAAUGACAGAAGAUGUAUGAAACCCGGCCCCAGUAGAGUCAUACGUUCUGUCAUUGUGGAUGGACUUGCAGUGGGAGUUUGUUACUGCUCUCUGAGCUUGAAAUUAUUCAACAUUUUUAUAUGUUGGCUGUUUACAGAAAAGACAGAAUGAAAUAAUGAAGUAGAAGAAUGUUUUAAUAUAACGAAUGAGGCUCAACUUUUUGUGUUUUUUUUUUUUCUUUUGGCAGAUUUUUAGGAGGCACAGUGCUGGCUACUGAUCACGUUUUAAAUCCACAUCUCCUUUUUUCACACGUUAAACUGCUUUAUCGAAGCAGAUAAUAUUUCUCAAACUCCCACUGAAAAUUUCUCUUUGUCAUCAGUGCCUUUUGUGUUGUCAUUUUACCUUAAAGGUACAACUUCUUGGAAAAUGUACUGUAUACAAAGUGUACAAGUAUGUAAAAGCACAACUCUGGACCUCGUUUUACACUGACAGAAUGACUCAGAGUACUUCAUGAUCUGCAUAUCUCUGUGUGAAAGGGCUGAUGUUACGUGGUUUUGUCUUCUAGCUGAUUGAUGGUAUCAAAUAGACCAGUAUUGUCUGCAACAGUCAACUGCACCUUUUUUAACUUGCCAAAGGGAAAAAAAAAAGCUGCUAAUGUGAAUUAUCAGACACUUCAGACGAUCUAUUUUAAGUGCCUUAUCUCCCAAAUAAUGUAACACCUUUUAAAAGUAUAUAUUGCUCCUUCACUGGCUAGAUUUGUGAAAUAUAUGUGUAUUAUCUGUAUAGAAUUGCACGCUUGUGAUUGGCCUAUACUGUAUGUAUAGUCUAUAGGAGAAAUUUCACCUUAGUGGACCAUUUUCACCUCGUAGUUCACAGACAUCUGAAAGGGAAGAAGUCAGUUGUCAGCUGGUAAUGCAACUCGCUUUUGUUUGAUUCCUGCACCAGCAGUAAAAGUAAAGCAGUGAUGUGCAGAUUCCCAGGGCAGCGACACAAUCGAGCCACGUGUUUUCACUAAAGACUGGAAAUGCAACAAAGUGAAAAAUCUCUUCGCGCUACUGCCACAUGGCUUUGUAAAUAAACACAGUGCAUGCAACGUUGUGCUGCAGAAUGUUACUGUUUUCCGCCUGCUAAUUUUUAUUUUAUUUUUAUGUUUUGUUUUUUUGCUGUAAAUAAAAUGCAUUAAAGCAAUUAGUUUUUGUUGGAA